ACCGAACAAGGCUUUCAAGCCGGAUCACGACCAGUCAUCACGGGUUGCUGAUCGGCUGCUGCUCCCACAGAUCUUGUGGGCUCUUUAUGUUUUCACCCCAUCUAGUGAUACCCUUUGAAUUGCCCACAAGAUACGCCCAUAUUGGAGUGGUAGAAUGUUGCCCUCAUCCGUCCGUCGCGUAGUCUCGACGGCAGCGCCCCAGUCUCCGGUUCUCGCAAGCUUCUUGUCCUCGGGGCCGCGAGCUGCCGUCACCCUGUCCGGUCGGCCAACCUGCCACCAGAGACGAUGUUCCUCUUCAAAACCGUCGAGCCCAGAUAACGGGUCGAAGGACAUCUCAGCCGGGCAGUCCGUCCCCGCCUCGUCGGCCGAGGCAAAAUCUGCCAAGGCGAAAGCGACCGGGGAACGUCGUAAGAGGAGAGCAAAGGAUUCGUCGCAGGCGAAACAGCUCCCUGUCGUCCCUAGCACACAGCACCUUUCGCAAGAAGCUCUCGGCCUAUCGACCUUCUUCUCCCUCCACCGACCCAUCUCCGUCACCCACAGCUUCCCCAAGUCCGUCAGCGACGAUGCCUUCGCCGCCAUCUUCACCCCGAGCACGCGGGGCGCCAAGGUCUCGGACGUCAUCUCGACGCUGUCCCAGACGGUCGACCAGCUCGAGCAGCCCAUGUCGAAGCUGUCCAUCGGCAGCAGCCAGCGCCAAGACCUCGACGAAGGCAGCACGACGACCCGCAUCGACCUGAAGCACCCGGACGGCACCGAGUCCGCCACUUACGUCCAGCUGAACGCCAUGUCGGGCCAGUUCCUGCCCUUCCGCCCACCGCCCGCACCCCGGCCCGAGUCAUCAUCAUCUUCCUCCGCCGGCGCCGGCGCCCUCGACGCGGCGUCGGAAUCGGCCAUCGACGACGUCGACGCCGACGCCGGACCCUCGCACCGCGUCUACAGGGCGAUCCUGACCAUCGAGGAGACGACCGACGCCGACGGGCAGGUCAAGGUGGUGGCGCACAGCCCGCAGCUGAUCGAGGACCAGGACCAGGCCGCGCCGCAGCCGCGCUCCUUCCUCGAGCGCAUGGCCCUCCGCCAGCUGCGCCACGAGGACGUCAUCAGCCGCAGGCGGUUCGGCGGGGAGGAGGGCGGCGACGGCAUGCUCGCCAUCAGCGUGCGCCGGCAGAAGAAGCUCAAGAUGAAGAAGAAGAAGUACAAGAAGCUCAUGAGGAGGACGCGGAACCUCCGGCGCAAGCUGGAUCGGAAUUAAGAACGGUGGGGGUAGACGGGAAGAUGGAGGAUGGAUGUCGGUGGCUUUGAAGGGGG